UGCCGUUUCCGAGUCAUGUAAAUAAGAUGACUUUUUAAAUGGGCACCAUUUCAUGUUGGCAUUUAGCGCGUUGUCUUAGAGAACGCUCCUCAUGUCUUGUCACAGUUGAACGCAAGUCGGUUAAAGCCCCGAAUAGUGGUCCUCACACAGGAGGGCACCGAGCGGUGAAACUGUUUUCAGCUAUGGAGAAGCAGCACGAUACCAGCAGCGCGGAUCCCAGCGAGGAUGACAGCGAGUCUCCGUCCCCUCGCCUGCCGUCGCCACCACUGCGUUCACUUCAGGUUGCUCAUCAGGAUCACAGAACCACCAAUUUCUUCAUUGAUAACAUACUUCGGCCUGACUUUGGCUGCAGAAAGGAUCCGGGACCGUAUGGAACCGAGCGGACUAUUCCAUUAGACAGGGGAGGACAUAUUCUCCCUCAGGCAAAUAGACCCACUUUGCCAAGAAUUAUAUGCCCGGAUUUCAGUUGCUACACCGACAGCAAUUCCUCUUCUACCUCCUCUACGGUCUCAUCACCCUCAGGUCCGAGAGAAGCCACAGUGGACAAGGCUAGUGGAGUUACCGCUCCAAAAUACGGCGGAGACCCAACGCAAGAGGCAGUGCUCAAGCCAGGGGAGGCUUCGUUCAAUAAGGAGCUUCAGCCGCUUAUGUGGCCUGCUUGGGUCUACUGCACGAGAUAUUCCGAUCGUCCUUCAUCUGGCCCAAGGACCCGGAAAUUGAAAACGAAGAAAACGCAGACUGAGGACAAACGGCCCAGAACGGCGUUCACGGCUGAGCAGCUACAGAGGCUGAAAACAGAGUUUCAGCUCAGCCGAUAUAUCACGGAACAACGGCGACAGGCCCUCGCGAACGAACUGAAUCUCAACGAAUCGCAGAUUAAAAUCUGGUUUCAGAAUAAACGCGCGAAAAUUAAAAAGUCCACUGGCUACAAAAAUACGUUGGCGUUGCACCUGAUGGCGCAGGGACUGUACAACCAUUCCACCACCACCGUUCAAGACAAGGAAGAAAGUGACUGAAGAACAGAAAGAUGAAAGGAGACUAGUAAAUGAAUAUUAGAAGGCAUACUGUCGAUAAAACAGAAAAGAACAGUCACUAUGCGAACAUAUGAUAGUGAGGAUGAAAGUAGCUAGAUGUUUAUCUGACUUUUUUAUGCCUAUCGUUAUACCAAUAUCAGUGAGGAUCUUUUCUAAUUUGUAGUCUAUUUGUUAGACUCAUAAAGGCCUCAGCCUUAUGCCAAAGAUUUUACGAGAUGGAAAUAUAUGUUGACUAGUUCAAAUAUAGCCUUGCAGACAGAAGACUCCUCCGGGAAACUGAAAAUGAAAAUUUCGUCUCUGGGCGGCACAGUCGCUAUCAUUCGCGGUUUAAGCAGCCUGGCUAAAACAGAUUAUUGCGUGACGGACUGCUGAUCUUUGUUCCGACGCUUUUGAGAAACCAGUCCGCGUCUGUUGAGUGUGACUGAAUAUCCUACAGCUUUGAACUGGUCAUCCAGUAAAUUGGAGAACAACACAGAAUGUUUACUUUUCCUUGAGGCACAGCAGAACAUGCUGUUAUGUAUAUACAUAAUAUCUCUGUCACGUAACCCUUACGUUUGUAUUCUAAUCACGGUAGAUUUUUAUUAAAUCACAUCCUUAAUUAGUUUAA